GAGAGCGAGAGGGUCAGACUAAGAGGAAUUCUCUGGAUGGACGGUGAUGCUUAGGGAACCAGACAGUGACUAUGGCGCUUUCACCAGUUGUUUGAGGGUCUGAGUGGAACCGGGUCGCCACAGAGGUCUGGUGGACUUUGUAGAGACUUUAGAUGCGGCAUAAAAAAUGAUCACAGAACAGAUUGUUUUGCUUUUCUUGAGAGUAGAUGAGUAAUCUCAGCUGUUGUUUAGCCAGUUUUUUAAAAUCUUACUAAGAUUUAAAAGAUGCUUUCAGACUAGAUGGAAAGAUGACCUCAAACUGUGUUCUGUAGUGUGUUUACCAAAGGACUUAAUAGAUGAUAGUUUGACGACAAUCUUGAAUACGGGAAAGCAAACUCUCAAUCAGCCAAUAGAAGCAGACUGAACAAAAGUGAGUCUUGAGGAGGGUCUGCUGGGCCACUUCGGUAGCAUCCAUGGCGGUUAAUCCUCUGGAAGGUCUGAUGACGGUUGCAGCGAACCACCAGCUGGACUCCAGCUCCACCACGGAGCCACGGAGCCAGCAGCCUGGUGCAGCCGGCAACCCAGCAUCCCUGCACCGACAUAAGCAGAGCCUGCACAGCAGCCGGGAGCCCAGGAAGUGGGUACAGUCUAUGUGUGGGUCCAGGCCAAACUCUGGUUCCAGUUGUGGGUCUUCGGUCCAGCCCAGGUCGCUGAGGAAUCAGCACUCGCCGGAAAAUGCGGCACGAGAGAGGAGCCGUGUACGCAACCUGCGACAGGCCUUCCACAGUCUGCAGGCCGCUCUGCCCUCAGUCCCACCCGACACCAAGUUAUCCAAGCUGGAUGUUCUGGUUCUGGCUACCAACUACAUCGCCUACUUAACAGAGACCCUGGAUCAGGGAGGGAUUGUGGCUGAGCACACCUUGUCGUCCAGGCCGGGUGGAUACCUCCAUCCCGUUAAGAAGUGGCCCAUGCGUUCCCUGCUGUACUGCGGCAGCGUGGGAGAGCUGCUAUCAGGAGUCUCUGCCAAUCAGAUGCCCCCACCUGGACGGGAUGGGGCACACCCUCUGUCACCCUCCUUGGAAGCAGAUAAAGAGUGAUGAUAGAGCAUGUGACUUUCACUGUGUUUUUUUUUUUUUUUUUUUUUU